AUGCAGAUUACUCUCUCCCUUCUCUGCACCGCCGCCCUGGCCGCAGCUCACGGCUACGUCGAGACAGCCACCAUUGGAGGCCAGACCUACCAAUUCUACAAUCCCUAUGCCGACCCCUACAUGAACCCUCCUCCUCAGCGCGUCUCCCGUGCAAUCCCCGGAAAUGGCCCCGUGGAGGACGUCACCUCCAUUGACAUGCAGUGCAAUGGAUACACUGCUGGAGGUAUCAAGGGCAGCCAGCCCGCUGCUCUACACGCUGAGGCUAAGGCUGGCUCAAGCGUUAACUUGAAGUGGACUAUUUGGCCUGACUCCCACGUUGGACCUGUCAUUACUUAUAUGGCCAGAUGUCCCGACUCGGGAUGUGAUAAGUGGAUGCCUGGCACUGAGAAGGUGUGGUUCAAGAUCCAGGAGGCUGGACGAGAGGGAACCAGCAACAACUGGGCUUCGUCUGUUAUCAUGAAGGCUGGCAAUAAGGGCGUCGACUACACCAUCCCCUCAUGCAUCAAGCCAGGCUACUACCUCGUCCGUCAUGAGACCAUUGCUCUUCACUCAGCUACCGGAUACCCAGGAGCUCAGUUCUACCCUGGAUGCCAUCAGCUCAAGGUUACUGGAGGUGGCAGCGCUACUCCUUCCAACCUCGUCGCAUUCCCGGGUGCUUAUGCUAGCAGCGACCCUGGUGUCACUUACAACCCCUACCAGGCUACCACUUAUAAGAUUCCCGGCCCUGCUGUGUUCAAGUGCUAG